AUGACCAGGUUCAACAAGGAAAGACUUCAGAUUCUCGACCUACAUAUAACUGCAACAGUUUCUGCCCUCACAUAUGCCAUAAAGUGUGAGGCUUUCAAGAUGUCGUUAUCCAAAACUCCGCCAAAGAUAGUGACCGAGCUUCUUACUCGACCCGAGAAGUACAUAAAUAUGAAGGAAACACUGAACCCGAGAAAGGUUGGACCAUCACAUGAUAGGGUCGAGCAUAAACGACACGACCCGACCCCCCGUCAAGAACCACCUCGAAGAAAACAGAGACAGGAGGUUCCCCUGACGUCAUUCACGCAUUUAAAUACGUCAAAAACAAAUAUAUUGAUGGAGAUCAAGGAUAUGAAGGAACUCAAAUGGCCUGCCAGAAUGAGGUCACCACCCGAAUCCAGGGACAUGAACACGUAUUGUGAGUUCCAUCGAGAUCAUGGGCAUAUCACGGAAAACUGUAAGGCCCUGGAAAGAGCCCCUGAAACAAAAAGGGAUGGUCAACCCACUGCUGGAACCAUCAAUAUCAUCAUUGGGGGUAUUGCCUCGGGAGGAGACUCGAACAGUGGAAGAAAACAAUAUGCCCGACAAUAUACCUUGGCCUCUGGGAUGCCUCACGGAAAGCUAGAGGAUGUUAUUUUUGGAACCAGGGACUUGGAAGGUAUAUCACUUCCACAUGAUGAUGCCUUGGUCAUCUCAGCGAUUGUGGCCAAUUUUGAAGUAAAGAGAAUCUUGGUUGACAACGGGAGUGCGGCCAAUAUACUUUCACAAGAGGCUUUUGCCAAAAUGGGAAUCUCAUCUCAGCAGCUCAAAGCGGUUAAAACUCAUCUCCAGGGGUUUGGGGGAGGAGUCAUCACUCCAGAGGGUGUCGUCGAGCUUCCUCUAACUUUGGGUUCUGGCCAGAAACAGGUUACGGAGAUGACAUCUUUUCAAGUGGUACGUGUCCAAUGA